AUGAGCUGCUCCCGCACAUUUAGCCACGUCCUCCGCGGCGGCCUCAGUAUCAACGUACGUCGUCAGGCACUGGUCACUCGUGGUGACCAUGCGCAUCGUCCACCACCUCCUCCUUUUGCACGCAUUAAGGCGCCCGCACAGCCGCUACAUGAGGAAGCAGAGCUGGUUUGGAACGAUGGCGUCUCCCCUGAGACGCUUAUCGACUUCGACGCGCCGCACAUUCCUAAGUAUCAAGCGUUGAGACACUGGCUCUAUGGACUAGGCUUCUUUGUCACGCUAUUUGGUGUCGUAACGAUCUACAACCCUGACUCAUGGCGACAAGCAGCUAAGCGAGGUAACCACCUACCAGAUCUGAAGUGGGAGCUGGGUGAAGCUGAUGAGCCUGAAGGAGAGAUGGAUGAGUAA